GCGAGGUUGUUUGUGUUGUCAGUUGGUGUCUCAGAAGUUUCUGAGGGAAAGUGUUUUUAGCAGGUGGACCUGAGGUAGUUGACGCUAGUUGGGGUGUGCACGUCAAGUAGUUUUCACGACAGUGUUGGUAGUUUUUUUUUAGGGUUGCUAGGUUGUUCGAUUGAACUUUUUCUCAGUUUUUAAGCGUGACACAGUGCGUCACGAGCAAGGGACUUUGUUUGGACUUGUGGGGCUCUGUCUGCAGUCGGGGUUGGAUUUCACAGUCGUGGGGAGCACUGAGUACAGUACUUGAUUUCUGGGGUUAAUGUUACUGGUUCCGUCUGCAGGCGGAGCCCAAUUGCUUUAUACUGGAGUCGAGACGUGUUUUCACUGUUAGAUAUGGCAAUGCGUGGUGGUGGUGGUUGUGGGGUUCGCCAAACCACCUCCCCCCAAAUAUGUCGAGUUGGAGGCUCUGGCCCUCAACCGAUGCGUGCUACUGUACCUUUUCAUCUGCAGAAUCGAGACAGUAGAUCAGCUGUUGGAAAACCACCUCACCGUCACAGGGUGUCUUGCAUCAGUCACGCUUCCUCCUUGGACACUGUUAUUGCCCCUUAUCUCUUGGGACAAUGGCCACGAGACAUUCAUGUGCCAGUAACUGGUAUGAAUGACAAGGCAACACAGGUCACUUGUGCCUUGACAGCUGCCACAUUGCUGAAGCUGCCUCGAUUACACAGGAGCUUGGAAGGGCUCAACAAGGAACUAGAAGAAUUGUUUAAGCACCAAGGAGGGCGGGAACUGGUUAGAGUAAUGGAUGUUCCUGAUGGCCACAGAGCCCCGGAGCCUGUACAGCACUGCAUUGGUGGCUUCAAAAGUGAUCCUUCACUCACGCAAGUAGAGCACAAACCAUUUCCUUCAUCAGCUCUAUUAGCAGCUUCUCCAGCUAGUCACAGUGAUGCCUCACAGCGAAGUCCCAUCCCUACAGAAGCCAAAACCACUGUGACAGAUGGGCUAGAAAUGGAUGCUGAACGCUACUCUCCUUCUCCAAAACCGAAUCACAGCUGUAUGUUCAAAAGAGAGCCCCCUGAGGGAUGUGAGCGAGUCAAAGUAGUUGAAGAAGCUGUGUCUUGCAUGGAUAACGUUUGUUCCUGCCCUGAUAAAAACAAAGUGCACUUCAUUCCAACAGGUACAGCAUUUUAUCCAUUUGAUAUUUUGAAACAUCCACUUCCAACGAUGGACUUUCUUUUUCGAAAUCUUCCCACUGCUUCAAGCACAGUCAUCUCACCAGGUACCUUGUCUUCAUGCCAGACUGUAUCUCAUUCCUCCUUUCAUGGUUCUGGGGUGACCUCUGGAGUAGAAGCACUGUCUGAACAGAAACCACAGUCCUUACAGAGAGUGUGCUGGAAGCGUACCCAGGCUGAAGAUGGAAAUUUUUUACACAGCUCUUUAGUUGUAUGACUGCUGCACCAAAAAAGACCUGUGAAAUUAUAGUGAUGUCCAUUGUAUGUUUUUGCACUGUCCUGCCUGCUUUUUGCAGUUAUGAAAGCAGAUAGUUGCCGUUGCCAACUUGACUGUUUUUAAGUGAAGGUCUACAAACAAGAUGAUUGGCACAGAAGAUUCUCGACAUCAGAGUGAACCCUCAAGUCUGAGAAAUGACCAGUGUUCAUACUGCAAGCAUUUCAUACAUCAGCAUUAUAAAACAGUUACUUUUCUUUGCAGUACAGUUUAAUAUAGCUAUGUGAGGUAUUCCAGUGUAUAUUCUAAUGUGUUCGGGAAAAGUCUGGUUUGGCUUAAGUUGCUCUUUUUUGGAAGAGAUGUUUCAAACUACUGCACAAUAGCUGUCUGGCUGUUGUAUAAUUAAGAAUUCACCACCCCAAAGAUUGAGACUGAAUGUCAUAAAGUGAUCAGUGACAGGGCAGGCAAGUGAAUCAAAGCUGGAAAUAGUUUGAGCCAUUUUGUACCACUAAGUACACAGUGAUUGUGAAUCCAGAGGUCUUUAUCACAUUCAUAAAUGGCAUUAUUAAUUGGACCAGUAGUAAUACUAGGUUUUACUCAAGUAUUCAAACUAUAACUGCUUAAACACCAGUUAACCUUGUUGGCAUUGUGUUUUAUUGGAUAAUAUAAGCUAUCAACAGAUGAGCAGUGUGCCUUUAAUAUCACAUUACCUGCAUGCAUGACCAGGUGAUGUAAGCAAACACUGCUCUCCACUUCCCCUAUCCUAGAGAAAAAGGCACUUAAUGUUUCAUCUUUUGAACUAAAUCCUACAACAUUUCAAUGUGACUGUUGCUGCUGGACAUAGGUUCAAUCUAUCAAGUGGUUGGGUUGGAUAUAUGCUAUUAACGUGUUAAAUAUUUUUUUCAGGCGAAAAGGAUGGUCACUCUGUUAGCAGGUUGUAUGCUAGAAUUACUGUACCACCCACUGCAUCAGUGCACUUAUCUGUUGAUGUUUACCCAUCAUAGUGUGUUGUUGAUUCAUGUCUUCUAGUGUCUUAAGCCUGUUAAUUUUGUCAUUUUGGGUAUAGUGCCCAUAUCCUCCAACUCUUAGCACUUUUUCAUUGGAUAUUAAGUAGAAAUGCUGGCAUAGUCCAGCAAAGCACACUAGUUUUUACAUUAUUUUUGUAUGCAUUUUAUAAGUGUGUGUAUUACAUCAGUUUCAUGCUGAGGAUAAUUUAACUGUAAAAACUUAGAAUAUUCACUAGUAGCUAGCCUUCACUGUUAAGUCUAAACUUUCAUUUGUCACUUUACUGUUUAGCUGCAUCACUGUAGAGAUGGGUAGAUACAUCCUGAACUGGCUGACUCUCUUGCCUGCUAUGGAAUGAUGUCUUUCUAAAGUAUAUUUGAAGGGAGAAUACUACCCACUGUUCUGGCUCAAAGGACUCCUUUAAUGGUGCUGCAGUCGGACUUAGGCCAACAAUUCCAGUUUCAAAUUUCUUCCUGGCAAAAACUUAAUGGACAGCUGAUUUGACAACAUAUAUUUUUGUUAAAAUGCCGUUUUUGAAGAUGAGAUUUCUGGUGCAUGUGCAUUUUCCUUUAAAUAUUUAAAUGCGUGUUUGGGCAGAUAUGUGAAACUUCUAUUUUUUUGAGUUUCAUUGCAAUACAGAUUUAUUUUCUUUUAGAAACACUAUUUUUGCAGUUUGUAUAUUCUGCAGCAGCAAGUUAAUAAACUUAAUACUGUUGGUUGCUUUUCAA